GCCCUCGUGAGGUGCCGCUGGCGGCGCUCGAUCUCUUUUGCGGCACGCGAUCCUCAAAGUGGCUCGAUUCGGUGAGUCAGUUCAGUUGCGCGGAGGCCGCUGCCGAGGCCAGACAUGCAGUGAAAUAAUGCGCCUGUUGCUGCUGCUGUGCGUGCUUAGCUGCGCGGCGGCCGCCACGGACGAGCGGCCAAAAUAUCCUACCUCGAUUCAUGAAAUGGUCAAAGCUCACUUGGCGGCCAGCCGGCGUUCGCGGACGACGAAAGGCCACUGGGGCCCGUGGUCCGGCUGGUCAGAGUGCUCCUCAUCCUGCGGGGGCGGUGUCAGGUCGCAGACUAGACAGUGCUUGCCAGGUCCUCUCAAACAAGCCACGACGGGCCGUCGACGGAGUAAGCACCACGGCUGUCUGGGUCUGUACCGGCGCUACCACGUGUGCAACACCCAGCUCUGCUCCAACGGCGACCUGAGGGAGGCCCAGUGCGCCGCCUUUGACCUGAAGCCUUUCAGCGGCCGCAACUUCCACUGGAAGCCGUUUCUGGACGCUCCAAACCAGUGUCAGCUGAACUGCCGGGCCGAUGGGCAACGCUUCUACGCAACCCUAAACCAAAGUGUGGUGGAUGGCACCGCCUGCCGACCUUCGCAGGGGCCGCUGGGGCGGCCGGCGGCCGCAGCCAAGCAGUGGGUGUGUGUAUCGAACGAGUGCAAGCACGUGGGCUGCGAUGGGGUGGUCGGCUCCGACCGGCGCCUGGACGCUUGCGGCGUGUGCGGCGGUCGCAACACCUCUUGCCAAAUCAUUUCUGGUCUCUUCUCCAACCACGCCGGCCUGCAGGUCGGAGCCAUCAGCACCAUCACCACCCUGCCGCGUGGUGCGUGCAACAUCAGCGCUGUCCAGGUGGCACCUUCAGCAAGUGAAUUAGUGCUGCUAAAUUCGACCACUGGGCAGAAAAUACCCUUCGACCGGACAUUGUUCUACCACCAGUCCGAAGAGAGCAACAAGGGCGAAUCCCUCUCAUACCGCGGCCCGCUGCCAGAGGCCGUGGACCUCGCCCUCAACUACGGUGGCGGUCCGCUUGGCGUGCGCUACCAGUUCGGCCUGCCAACCGGCGAGGCCGUGCAGCAGGACGACUCGACCGCCCUUCGCCCUCGUCGCAGGUCGCGCACCAAGUUUUCCUGGCACAUGCUGGCCGCCUCGGAGUGCUCCAAGUCGUGCGGAGGCGGCCUGCAGGCGGCCAAAGCCGUGUGCACGCGGGAGGGCGGCGGCCACGUGCCCGAGAAGAGGUGCAACCACCUGGAGAAACCAACGGCCAGGAGCAUGAGGUGCAACGUGCGGCCCUGCCCUGCGGAGUGGGAGUACGGACCCUGGGGCCCUUGCUCGGCCACCUGCGGCCCGGGAACCCAGGCUAGAACCGUCGCCUGCAGGCAGCAUAUUUCAGCAACCAUGACAAACAUGAAGGUCAAUGACGCUGCCUGCCUGGGGCAACGGGGUGCCCGCACCCAGCCGUGCAACCAGGGCUCGUGCAGUGCGGCCCGCGUCGGCGAGCUGCCGCAGGAUGGCCCCCAGGGAGGUGCCCAGGGCCACUGGCUGACCACCGCGUGGACCGAGGGCUGCGCGUGCGGCUCUGGCGUGCAGACUCGGCGAGUGGCCUGCUCGGCUGCGAGCUGCGACGGCGGCCAACGGCCCGCCGAGUCGCGGCCGUGCGCCAGGGUGUGCCGCGAGGCGCACUGGUUCUCAGGACCGUGGAGUCCGUGCUCGACGCGGUGCGGGCCGGGCCGGCAGACGAGGCCGGUGCUGUGCCUGAGGGCCAAGGCGGCCGUCGACGACCACCACUGCGCCGACCACGAGCGGCCCCUCGCUGAGAGGGCCUGCGAGGAGCGGCCGUGCGGCGGCCAGUGGUUCUCCAGCGAGUGGGGCGCCUGCGAGGAGGAAUGCGGCCCGCAGAGCAGGCAGGUCAGGUGUCUCGACGAGAAGAACAGACCAGCAGAAGACUGCGCCAAGGACGAGAAGCCGGUGGCCAGGCGGCCCUGCUCCUCCUGCUCCAAAUCAGCGUUGGAGCAGAAUGUCGUGGGGAGCGAGUUGCCACGCGCGCAGCUGCUGGCGCGGCAGGACCACGAGGUAGAGAAUUGCAGGGACUCGCUGCGCGACUGCGGGCUGGUCUUACGCGCGCGCCUCUGCACCAACCGCUACUACCGCACGCGCUGCUGCGUGACCUGCUCCAAGGUGACACCCUGACCUGAAGGUGGCAGACAGACUGACUCGACAGACGGAGGAAGGAAGAGAUUGAGUUCUGAAUGCGAGUGCGAAAAGUGCGCGACAGAGAGCGUGAUUCUGCAAGAAUUGUCUCCUUAAAUUCGCCUUUUGCGUGCGAAAGCUGUUAGUUUCGAAGCCACCAAAAGAUGGCACCACCGGUUACUUACGAUUUUAAGGCAGUUUUGUUGCGAUUUAGGACUCAAUCCUAAAUAAUGCACUAAAAGAGGGCUGUUUAUUGAUUCCGCAAAACCAGUAAAUCGAUAAUUACAUAAAAAUUUGAUUUGCGACUUGUGUCACGCCUCCUUUUAAUUCUUUCUGUUGAACAACGUCCCUGGUUCAAAAUUCUCGCGAGUUUCGCUCUCAUCUAGUGGUUGCUGUUCACAGAUAAUCCGCUGGAAGUUUUUAGGUUUUACAGCCAUUUUUAAAAUCAUAAAAAUACGGUGGCGCCAUGUAUUGGCAGCUUAGUGCACUAAAGUUCUUCCGUUAAAUGGUGAAUUCCGCAGUAUAUAAUUAUUAAUAAUUACAGUGUAUGUCUAAUUUAAAGCGUAAAAUAAAUAAUGCUAAUAUUUAAAACAGACCGAGAAAGAAAGAAACACACGCAUAAUAAUAUAAUCACGUAUAUUCGUGUAAUAAAGCAGACUGAUCAGCGUAAUUUACAA